AUGUCUAACCAGAUGACCAAAAGCGAUGCUUCUCGCAUCCAGUCCUCUCAGUCCCGGUCCGGACACAACACUGGCGCUGGUUCCUUUGCUGCGAGAUCCCAGUCCGCUGGCGAUCGCAACUCGAAUACUUCAACCAAUUCCCAGUCCAACAAAGGUCAGCAGUCGAAAACCGGCAAGUAA